UCGCUGGCAGCCUCAAGAGGCUUCUGCCGCGCACGAAGAGGACCGUGCGGAAUAAAAAGCCCCAACUUCGGUCGUUUUGUAUGUCUACGACGAAGAAACGAAAAACUUCAUCGAGGGAAGUUUCCGUCAUGGAUCUGCAGUGAUUCGCAGCGUUAAUUAAAUGAAAGUUUACACUUCUGUUGUGGUUAGAUUAGUGCACUGACGAAGAGUGGGAGAUUUGUGAACAAGCGACGGUGGUAUUAGUAUUUUGUCGGGCUAAUAGUGUGGCGACAGGUCGGUGGUGGUUUGCCCCCCGUUUGGGAUUCCCCCUAGAGGGAAUACAAGGACGACUUCGACAAAGUGUGGAGUUUCUUUGAACGACAGCAUCUUCGAUCCUCCACACACUUGGCUUUCUGCUGCCAAAGUUUCCCGGUGCUAAGGUGCAGCCACGCCGGGAGAAGGCGCAGAGCGACGGCCGCCACUCUCCGGCUAGCUCGCCUGCUGUUUCUGCUUCUCGGAUCGAGGCCGUGUCGGCGAGGCGACAAUGCUUGACAUAAUGUCUGAACACCAAGAUUCACUGUUAACGUGUAAAACGGAACCUCUGCCCCCAGAGAAGAAGAAGAGGACUGUUGAAGACUUCAACAAGUUCUGCAGCUUUGUCCUGGCUUAUGCCGGUUACAUCCCCAGUCCAAAAGAGGAAAGCUCGUGGUCCCCAACAUCAUCCAGCUCUGCACACAGUUCGGGGUUGUCAGCAGAUGGUGGAGGUGGAGGGAGCAGCUCCAAUGGCAAUGCCUGGGCAGAUGGGGGCUCCGACAUCCACACCAUCCAUACAUUUGUCCGCAAAGCUCGAGCAAAUAAGGGCAAAAGUAUUCGGCGCAUGCACUCUGACAGCACCCUGCUGGAUAAGAUGCAGCUUAAAGACUCUCUUUAUGAGACCCAGGCCAGCACUAAGGGAGAGCGCAAGAAGGACAAAAAACUGAAAAAGCUAUCACUGGAUUCUGCCAUGGGAGCAGCAGAUAGUGGCAGCAGCGAGGGUGAGAAAAGAGCCCGCAUCAAACGCAGCAAGAACUCAAAACAGCCCAAAGCUAAGAAGCUCAAGAGUUCAGCUCCUCAAAGCGAGACUGACUCCGAGGCACGGAAUACGCACUCCGAGGUACGAGCUGGCAGGGAGGAGCUGCCGGGGCACGGGGGCUCCUCUUCGAGCAUGCAGAGCAUGGGGAAGGUGCAGCCAGACGAAUCCAUCAGGGAAGCAGAAAUGAGCUCCAGUGAGGGUGAGACAUGGAUCGCUGAUGAAGACAUUAUGGUGGAAUCGGGGGAUGAUUCAUGGGACUUGAUCACCUGUUACUGCGGGAAGCCAUUCGCGGGACGGCCGAUGAUCGAGUGCAACCAGUGCGGCAUAUGGGUGCACUUGUCAUGCGCAAAGAUCAAGAAGUCAAACGUUCCCGACAUCUUUUACUGCCACAAGUGCAGGGACUUGAGGCGGUCGGGACACAAAAAAGACACUUAAAGCUGAGCAGGACUGGAGAGGAAAAGGAGCGUUUGAUCUGUUUUUGCUGUCGUCUGACACUUAACUUUCUUUGAUGCCUACAGCCAAAACAGCCUAAACUAUCACCUGGAGGGCAACUGUAAAGUCGGUUUGUUGGAUUUCUUUCGACAAUCACAACCAUUCUUAUUUAUCCCUCACGUCUAGUUUUCGUUCCCCCUUUUGCUACUGUGAAGAACUGGGAAAAAAAAGGCAAUAUUGACAGUUCUUAAUUGACGUCAGCAUUGAUUGGCUUUAGUAUUACAGUUCUGGUGAUGUGCAUAUACUUUUUUUUUUUUUCUCUCUCAAUAGUUCUCAUAUUGACUGAAGGUCCACUUUUGACUUGUAAAUUAUUUCUUGCGCAUAUUGACAAAUUAGUGAAAACCUUCUCCUUUGGUCUCCGGAGUACCACCCUGAGCUUGGUCCAAUCAUUCCCAACCUUAAAUCAAUACAACACAUGCAGAGUUGGGGAGAGGGAAGCCCAGCUUACAUUGUCAGUUAAGAGGUGGAUAAUGUCACUCCUGUUAUUACUUUAUACGCACGUCAUAAUGCUAGACGGGCAGUUCGUUUUGGUUUUGAUCGUACUCUGGUAGUUUGUGUUCAGCUUUUUCUUGGGUUGUCUUUAAGCCUCCUGAAAUAAGAAGUUUCAAUUCAUUGACUCGGAUAAGAUUUAUCACUUUGCAUCUUCAUAUGCAUCUAGUUGUACUCAAACUAUCCUUUCAGCAGUGCACUUUUAAAACCUAAAUACACCCCCGCUUUUUUUUUUUUUUUUUUUUUUUGAAAACCGGACUUGGUCAUGUGCAUUCAUGACAGCGUGCUUAGUAUUUCUCACAGUCCGGCUUAUUAAUCAGUUAGCCAUUAACCGUGAGUCAGUUUUUACUUAUGUGUUUGUUUUUUGUAUUUAAAUCAUCUGAUAUCGGGGCGGGGGGAACGUUGCUGUAAGACGACUGGUUUGUUGCCGUGCUUUACGAUGUCAAAGUAGCUCUGAGGCGCGUUUAUGAAUGGUUGUUUAAAAAAAAUAUAUAUAUAUAUAUAUGUAUUUUUUAUUUCUAGGCUUUCUGAGGAAGGGGGUGAUUAGAGAUGCACCCCGCAUCAGAAAAAGGACAUAUGAUUGUCUCACAUCGAGAACAAAGUUGUAGUGUACAGAAAACAAGUUGAGGCUGUCUAGGUUGUCAUUUUGUUUAUGUUGUUUGGUUUUACCAUGUGCGUUUUUUCUUUUGUUCGUGGGAGAGUCAUCGUAAGUCUCCAGUAGCAGUUGCAUUCUCCGUACAACUUAAAAUUCUGUGUACAUAUCCUGUUCUUUGACAACUGUACAUAUGUGAAAGUGAAGAGAGAAUACUCAAGCAAAUUCUAUAUUUUCUGCAGUCUGAUAUUGUUUUGGUUUUUUUUCCUUUAAUUGUAGCUUGAAAAAUAAAAGUCUUUGGGAACAUG